AUGGAGGAGCCUGUGGAUAAGGGAAGCUCUUCUCGUAUCCCCGGGCUGAACCUGGCUGGUAACCCCCCUUCGGAAGAUGCGCCAGCUUCGGCGAGUAGCCCACCGCUGGCUCGUCGAUCAGACAGAAUCCAGGACCUCUUGGAAAUAAUUAUCCUGACUUUCCGCUUCGACUUCGAGCGCCUCCCACCUGAAGCCCAACGAUCAUACAAUCGCUUUCUAGAAAACAAGAGCUAUAAUGAGUUUGCAGCUACACUGAAGCGCUUGGUGUUGGGCCGAAGACUUGAUGGCUUCAUGGAGGGAUCGUCCAGUUGCCUGAUUGCUGUCACAAAGUUAUUUGACAGUAGAUAUCCCCAUCUAGGCCUCAAAAAGCUCCGUGAUGACUUAGUGAGCGGCAGAAAGAGAGCUGGAUCAGGGGUCGGGCCACGUCGUCGGCCACUACAGUCACUACAUCGAGCACAGCAGGAGGCCUUGCCUGAGACUCAAAACGAGCAGGCCGGCGAAUCUUCACGGCGAACCUCUCAAGCAAACUUGGCUAGCACCCUCACCUUGCCCGGGCGAGUUCGUACUACAUCACGCUCCGAAGGCCGAGUGGUGCAUUGGGCUCGAAUCGAACCAAGUUCCACUCAGGCAGAUCCAGAAACCGCCGGCCCUCCGAGCGAUAUUCCACCUAACCCUAUUGAGGUUUCUGAGCCUGCUGGGCCUGCAGGUGAUCUGGAAGACCAGUCUGCCCCUACCCAAAGGCCUUUGAUACCCGGUUUCACGAUUAGUACUCGAACGGUACCUGUGGAUCAAGGCAGUAACCAACCGGCAGUUGAAGGGUCCGGACGUGAACAGACUCGCCAGGAAGAGAGUAUAGCUUGGCUGAAAGACUAUAAUGAAGCACGCGGUGGUCCAAAGUACGACUUUAAUCUAUAUCCCUACAAGGGAUGGAAGAUUGAGCCGCCGGAGAUCCUACUCCAUCGUGCGAUAAACUUCCUUGCCGACGAAGACAUCGAUCGGACUCUGAAUUGGGGCCAAAAGGUUGCAGAGCUGACUGAGUACUUCUCAUACCUACUCCAUAAUUGGCAGGGUGAAGAAUGGGGUGCAGAACUCCAUGAAGCUAUUGAUAUGCUUCAUACACACUGGCUGUUUGAGCAGUAUCACUACGGGAAGCCCAAGCUGAACCUCAAAUUCGAUAAUGUGUGGCCAAAAUAUAGUAAGAGGCUGCCACCCAUUCCUGGUGUGGAGGCCACGGUCGAGAAGCCACAAAGCGAAUUGGGCGAGCGCAGAUUGCUCCUCAACGAGGUUCGACCAGCCAUUGAUAUUCACUACGAGUUGCCUGGCGAUGAUCUCGAGAGGUACAUCGACCUUUAUGCAUCCGAAACCUCCAACUUCUGGGAAUCUGCACCCCAUUCCCGAUCUUCCCGUCAUGAGCUGGCCCAGAUCGAGAACAAUGCUUUUGAGAAGUGCGUCUUUUCGGACAUGGCAACAACCGAUAGCCUGAUCAGAGCAUCCGAAGCCAAGUUCAAGUCGGAAUCUCAGCGAAGCAACUUCAGCCAAAGUGCUCUUCAGGCGUUUGCCACGCUUCGUGGGAGUCAACGAGCAGCCCUCCAACAGACCCUGAACCAACUGGACAAUUCUGAGAAUCUUGCGGUCUGCAACAUUUUCCGCACACUCAUUCUGCCGCCACCUAAAAUUCCAGAGAAGCCAGACGCAGGUGUCCUUUUCCCUACUAUACAAGUAGCAGAAUUUCCUGAAGAGGAGUCUCGCGACCCUUUCAGCUACACUGUGGCUCAUAGAUGGUACCUCGAAGCAGAGCGUUUCUGGAAAGAAUGGGGGGAUGCGUAUGCCGUCAAACAAUGCUACGGUCAUAAGCAAUGGGAGGAGCGCCAGAAGCCCAUCAUGGAUUUGCCCAAGAACUGGUUGGGUCCUUUCGUUUACGAUUUUCUGGACCACGACAUGAAGAAGACUCUGGAGUUGCUGAAGAGAUGCGAAACCCUGCUCAGGCGGAUAUUCCUACAAGACGAACGAGCACCACGACCCUUCCUGGCUGAUAUGACGCGAAUGAUAUUUGAGGGACUCUCGGGCAGGCCUUGGGAUGAAACUGAGUUGGACUUCAAAGGGGAAGACUUCGUGCCUGGCUCACAGGAUUUGGCUCAUAUCCGUCCCUUGGAGGAAGACUUUUUGCGAUUAUUGGGCACGGAAUCCAUCCAUUCCAACACUAUCGAUCCAGAGAUCAACCAUAAUGGCAUCAGUCCUCUCUCUACCAUAUUCGAACAGAGAGUUCGGGAAAUCAUGUAUCCACGGGGCUCAGCUAGUUCUGGCUCUUACGACUUUACUAGUUUCAUGGUGUCACUCAAUGAAGUAUGUGAUGGCCCAGUGAAGCGCUGGAGAUUCUCUAAUGAGGAGGCCUUGGAAGAGCUGGAGCAUCUUGACAGAAGGGGAGUGAUUCAAUUGAAUGAGGACAACAGUGUAUCAUGUCCUGUACCUGACCUUCAUCCUGAGCAACGUGUUCGGUGGCUCGACACUGAUGAUGACCUGGACGCAUACAUGCAAGGUGUUAAAGCGACUAGGGGAGGUCAACCCGGCGAUGGUGACGAUGAUGAUGGUGACGACAGCGAUGAUAGCGGUGGCAGUGACGACGAAGAUGAAAUUAUGACCAUCUCAACAAACGUCAGCGUCCCAGAGUCGGAAGAUCUUAGUAAUUACAUGUUUGGUCUUCCCAAAAUCCAGAACCUCCGCAGUUGGUUAGGGCUUGGGACUGCGAGUGGCCGAGAGGAUAGCGAUAGAGAUAUGCCUAGAAACCACAGGUUCUUCCAACGCCUCUGCUUCCGACUUGGAAAGACAAUAAAGGACCUUCGAGCGAGGAUGGAGACAUACAGGAGGCAGCUUACACCCGAAGAGCAAAAUCGCAACCGCCAUUUCCUCGACACAAUGGUGGACGAAUGGGAAUCAAAUACUAGAACACGCCCGGAUAUGCGCGAGUAUAACCCCAACAAACCCGACAUAGAGGACCAUUCUUUCACCCAGCCAGACUACGCGGAAAUCAUGCGUGUAUGCCAUCACGAACAUGAUUUUGGUGAGAAUGGGUAUCCCGAAAUCACUUACGGAGGUCAGGACGACAAUUACAGGAUUUCUGUUGAUGCCGUUCGAAAGGAAAUUCUCCGCGAGGCUUAUGAGAACAAGAGUAUGCUGUUGCCAAACCGUAUUGAUCGCGGCGUGGAUGAAAAGGGGCUGCGGACUCGAUCCCCUCUUCGACGUGAGCCAGUCUGGUCCUUUGCUCAUCCUGAUCGCAGAGGCAAAGCACCACGGUUUUGGGACAUUAACCGUUGGCCGCUUCAUCUGCAAAGCGAGUCAACAGCUGAGAACAUAAGAUCCGGACGAUUCUACGAGCCUGUUCCUUCACCCCUGGCACCAGAAUCCGCCAAGAAGUCACGGAUCUCGGUACGGGUUGCUACACCUCCGGUAUCACCUAUUUCAUCCGAUUUGUCCAGAGUUCAACGAGAAGUGCAUCGCGAGGUCCAGCCUGAAACCACAACUCUGGCCCCAGACAUGACUAAAAGCAUAGACACAUCCGAAGAUCAAGUCUACAGUUUCCCUGGCUUUGGUGAGAACUUCACCGUCACGUUCCAGGAUCUAGCGGACUCUCGUCGGACUUUUACAACUGGGUCUUCUCAGUAUCUUCUUGGAGACACCCCUCUGCAGAAGAAACAUAUCGAGGAUCUCAUCAAGAGUGGUAUACAGACAGAGGAACCACCGACUUGGGCCCAGCUCCUAGGUACUCUAUUUGGUCGUAAGAACGACCCAAUGGAUCCCGGUGCGCUGCCCAAGGUCAGUCCUCGCGAUGUUCCCGAGAGUAAGCCACGAAGCGAGCCCGAGGUUUCAGACGACGAGCCUGCUCAAGAGGAUAGUUCUUUUGCUGCUCAAGGAGAGGGCUCUUUUGCUGGAGGCGAAGAUGUUGAAAUGGACGAGGCUGCGAUGCAACUUUGGGAAGAAUCUCAAGCUGGCCCAUCUUCAGAACGACGCUCAUCCAAUGCCCAGCCACCUUCGCCAAUUGACCCAACUGAGCCUGAUUCUUCUUCCGUAUCCCCUACAGAACCUGGGACUACCCAAGGAGAAUCGAGCAACGUUGGUUUGUGGGGACAAGGCUUUCCCGGGGCUUUGCCUAAGCGGCUGAGACUCAGACAAGCGACAACUCAAAUACUAUCCCACCCGGUUGAGUUGGAGGUGAUCGAGCCGGAGUCUGAAUUGCCAGAGCAGCGAGAAGAGAGCGAGCAGUCAGAUAAUGAUAGUUUGUUUGGUUCGUAG